GAAAGUUGAGAAAAAUAGUGUCACCGUCAAAGUUAUGGAAGAAUCAGAAUCGUAGAAGCAUUCGAGGAGUACCGUUUGAUCGAAAAAUAGGAAGAAUGUGUUUGUGCUGAAACGAAAAGAUCAUAUUGAAGAGAAUCUAUUUAUAAAGAAGCUUGUUAUUUUCGCGCUCGGCCUGUCUCCUCAGAAGCGACGAGAGCGCAUACUUUGGUGGCAAAACAACAAACCAGGCGCAGAAAAACAACAACCAUGACCGAGUACGUCCCGCCUCAGCUGAUCACGGUUUUGAAAACCUACCAGGACAAUGCACCGAAAGGCCUGCACGGUCCCGGCCUAUCGCUGGUGCACCCCAGCAAAGCCGGUCCCACAACCAGCAGUGCCACAGUCGCCCGCCCUGAUUCCCCGGAAAACAUGGAAGAUUCCCUAAUCGCACCGCCCAUCACCGGGCCCCUUCCGAUGCCCUCGCAUCCAAUCAUGACCACCUCGGAUCCGGACUGUGGUGUUGUGCAACUCACCAUCCUCGAGGGCAAAAAGAUCGGUUGCUUCCUGCUGGGCGGCGAAAUGCGACUCUGCCUGCCGCAGAUCUUCAAUAAUAUCCUGAUGGACUUCUCGGUCGAGCAGAUCAACCGCUCCAUCCAGGAGCUGAUGAUCUACCUGUACAACUGCACCGACCAGCAACUGCAGGAAUUUAAGCGGGUCAACAUCAUCCCCGACACGGCCAAAACCUGCGGGCUGAUCACUCGGACCAACGCCGAGCGGCUCUGCAGCUAUAUGCUGCACCAGGCGGAUGAUACCCGCAACCUGAAAGGUGCGACCACCUUCCGAGUGUACCACCGGUGCUUCGGCAAGUGCGAGGGUGAAUUCACACCGGCCCUGUACUCGUUCAAAGAACCCGCCUGCAUCCGGUGCCGCGAAUGUCAGGGAAUGUUCUCGCCGCAGAAGUUUGUUUGCCACCAGCACGACCGGCAGGAGAAUCGUACCUGCCACUGGGGAUUCAAUUCGAGCAACUGGCACGCCUACAUCCACGUGGCGCUCGACGAGCAGAACCGGGAGGCGUACGCCAAAAUUCUGGAGCAGAUCUGGAACCAGGAGCAGGAUCUGGAGGAGGAACUGCAGGAGCGGGAAUACUGGAUCGCCAAAAGAAAGGUAGGUGGUUCGUUGGUGGGGAGGGGGAAUGGGUAUGGAAGACAGGGAUGUUUGUUCAUAGCUGAUAAGGGGGUAAACACAGUCGUGAGGUGAGCUGGCGCCGAUUGCGCUCGGGCAGACAAUGCCGCCACGAUAAGAAGCUAGACAAUAACGUCAUAUCUUGGGAUAAUAUUUGAUAGCACUGAUUGGAUUUUUUUACGAUUUUGAUCAAACUAAUGCGUAAACAGCUGCGGUCUGCUGGGAGCGGUUUUUGGAUAUGAA